AUGAUGCCUGCGGCUCUCUUGACGCCUCCCUAUGGUGAGGAGAUGGCACAUUUCUCUCAGAAAACAGUAAUGGGCACUAUAUUCGAAACUACUGAACGCUCUGCAAGGGACCAAAUACGUCAUCAGACAGUCGCCGUGAAGAAGCUUGCAGAACCAUUCAAGACAGACAGCAUUGCAAGACAUAUGUUUCGAGAAAUAAAAUUGUUACGACAAUUACACCAUGAAAAUAUUAUCAACCUUACCGACAUCUUCAUCUCACCGUCCGAAGACAUAUACCUCGUGACAGAAUUGAUGGCAACGGACCUCAACACAAUCCUCAAAUCCAAAAAAGUCGAAGACCAAUUCGCGCAAUACUUUAUGUAUCAGAUAAUGCGCGGCUUAAAAUAUCUCCAUUCAGCAGGAGUCGUCCACCGAGAUCUGAAACCAAGCAACAUCCUCAUAAAUGAAAAUUGCGACCUGAAAAUAUGCGACUUCGGCCUCGCCCGAGUUCAAGAACUCAAUAUGACCGGCUAUGUUUCAACAAGAUAUUACCGCGCACCGGAAAUCAUGCUCACGUGGCGGAAAUAUAACGAAAAAGUCGAUAUCUGGAGUGCUGGCUGCAUCUUUGCUGAGUUACUACUGGGCGAGCCUCUAUUCCCUGGAAAGAAUCAUAUCAACCAAUUUUGUGUUAUUACCGAGUCCCUUGGGAGUCCACCGGAAUCGAUGAUCGCGAAUAUUACGAGUGAAAAUACAUUGAAUUUCAUCAAAUCACUACCAAAGCGAGAGCGCAAACCAAUGUCACAACUCAUACCAAAGGCGAAUCCAGAUGCUGUCACCCUUAUCGACCAAAUGCUCCAAUUCGACCCGGAUACACGCAUAACAGCAAAUCAAGCUGUUGAAUGCCCAUAUCUAGCACCAUACCACGACCCAAACGACGAGCCAGUCGCAACAGAAGCUUUUGAUUGGUCAUUCCUUGAAGCCAACCUUCCUGCUGAUAUUUGGAAGACUAUCAUGUAUGGCGAAGUCCUAGGAUUUCACGAACAAAUGACUCAAAAUGGACAGACUGGUCCCAUGAAAACGAUAAACCAGUUGGAUGGGAUGGAUCUUGCUUGA